CCUGCCUAUCGAACAAUCGAUUUACGUCGUUCUCAAACAUAUGGCUCAAAUUGUAAUUCAGUUCAGGAGAUCAUUUAUAAUUUCGCUUAACAAUGGAAUUUAAUCAGCAUGUGGAUGCCGCGCUCGCAACGUUUGUGGAGAAUACUAAAUUCUUUAGAGAAAUGGCCGAUGCCAUGUCCGAGUUCGAUGAUGGCGGGGAGAUACAAAAACUGCUGGAGGAAGGCGCCAAGCGGCGCGUGGAGCACGCCGAGAAUCUCAUCCGUCUAAAAAGCAAGCACCAAUCCCUCAAUCAAGCGAUGCAGCAAGUCCAAAGCGAGAGCGCCACCAUCGAGGAGUUCGAGGGGACUUGGAAGGAGCGUCGCGAGGCGUUGGAUAAAAAGCGCAUCAAUGUCAAGAACAUAGGCGAGUUCAAGAACUUCACGCGAGCUGUGCAAGCUGCAGCUUCGCAGGGAUCCGCACAGGAUACCCAAGCCAAUAGCACAAACCAAGAUGACGACCUCAUCAUCGAGGGAGUCGAGGAGACAGGCGGCGAGAUCUACUCGCUUUACGAUCCCUGGUCCAAGGAGUUGAUGAAGAAUCCCGUGCGCAACACUAAAUGCGGUCACAUCUACGACCGCGACUCGGUGAUGCUGAUCAUCAAGGACAACAUCGGCAUCCGGUGUCCGGUUCUCGGCUGUGCCAACAAGACUUAUAUCCAACCAGUGCACCUGGUCGAGGAUGCCAAGGUCCGGCAGAAGGUGCGCCAGCAGAUGGCCGAGGAGGCGGAGGAGGAUGCCACCUCCUCGGAAGAAGAGGAGCACUAAGUUGUGGUCUGAGCAGGAGUCUGUGAUUAUAAAUCCCUUAGCCUAAACUUGAUAUAAGUACUUAUAAAGGAAACCACUUUUUUUUUGUUAGAAUUUCCUUACAAUUUAUAUAUGAAAUCAUAACAAUAAUCUUAAAAAAAACCAUUUAGAUUAAGCCAUAUGAAUUUCUAACAUUAUUUAAUGCACGAAAUCUCCUACUAUUUUUUUCAUGUUUACCAGCUUGCAUUUGAAAUUUUUUAAUUAUACAAAUGCUAAAUAUGAAAAAUAAUGAAAUAUCGUUCGUAUAUGUUCCUUUUCUACUUGAACGAUUCAUUUAAAGACACAAAGAAAAUAAAACUUUAGAUUUGCAUGAUUUUGAA